AACAUCAUGUAAAUACUAAGACGGCGUGUGCCGUCCAGGCCAGGGGAUUACCGAGACCAGUGGAGCGCCAAGGCAUCAGGUAAAUCGAGUGCACGGCUGUGUAUCGCCUGCCGUGUGAAACAGACCGACACAAUGAACGGGAUAACGGCGGGCACACGGGUAACGUUAUUUUGUACAGGACACGCAGUUCGGAAGAAACGACAGCGUGUGGGUUAAAUGCCUCACGCAGAGGUACGUGAGAACGGGCAGGGUUCGAGUGCCGACCAAGCGGCGGUUCGGCUCCGGACCGUGUUCCGCCACGGGUGCCAUUUCGGAUAAAGAGCCAAAAAUCGCACCCAGGGACACACGGACUACAUGUACAGGAUACAAAUGUACCGAUGUCCAGGGCACGGAGUAAACAGGGAACUCAGGGAAUCCGGCCUGCUGCUGGCAAAUCCCGUGCAAGGUGCCCUCUGUGUGCAGUGACCACAGGACAUUGGGAUAAAUACAUCGCACAGAACCAACCGGCGUGUAGGCGAUAUCAACGUAGGGACGAAAACCGACGCGGCGCGGGGAACGGAGCGUGCACCAGGGACCAUGUUGACCCGACUGUUCAGCGACUCGCCGCUGAUUCCCGGCCUUCAGAAGUUCGCCAGCUGGGCUGCCGAGAGCGACAGCGACGAGGAGCGGACCCGCGCCGAGGGCAAGGGCGACAUGCGCGUGUCCCGGGAGCGAGCGGCAGACGACGGCCUGAGCGCGGCCCCCGACAACGAGGGGGAAACGGCGAUGGAGGAGGAGGACGAGGAGGAGGAGGGGGACAUGGAGGAGGAAGAUGGCGCCAGGCCCCGGAAAAGGGGUCCGAAGCGGAGGAAGAUGACGAAGGCGAGACUGGAACGCUUCAAACUGCGGCGCCAGAAGGCGAACACCCGGGAGCGGAACCGCAUGCACGACCUGAACUCGGCGCUGGACAACCUGCGCAAAGUUGUCCCGUGUUACUCCAAGACGCAGAAACUUUCCAAAAUAGAGACGCUGCGCUUGGCCAAGAACUACAUCUGGGCGCUGUCGGAGAUCCUACGCUCGGGGAAGAGGCCGGACCUGCUGUCCUACGUACAGACCCUGUGCAAGGGUCUGUCCCAGCCCACCACCAACCUGGUGGCCGGCUGCCUGCAGCUCAACUCCAGGAACUUCAUCACCGAGCCGUCGCAGGACGCGGCGCGCCUGCACGCCGCCAACAACUCCUUCGCUCUGCACCCGUACACCUACCCGUGCGCCCGGCUGCCGAGCCCGCAGUGCCCGCCCGCCGCCAUGGGGAGCACCCACCCGCUGCGCUCGCACCCCUACUGCUCCUCCUUUGAGCACCUGUGUGGGGGCGUGUCCCCGGACUACCCCGGCUCCGAGCUGGAGGCGCCACUCAGCCCCUCGCUGUGCGCCGACAGCAGCUACCCGCUGAAGCCGGACUCGCCCCCGGACCACGACAAGGCCUAUCACUACACCAUGCACUACUCGGCGCGGCCUGGCUCCCGCGGCCCGGCCCACGGCCUGAUCUUCAGCAGCUCGGCGCUGCGCAGCGCGCUGCACUCCGACAACCUCACGCCCUACGACACGCUGCUGCAGAGCGACAGGGCGCCGGGCUACGAGGAACUCAACACCUUCUUCCACAACUAGGCGAGGAAGACUUGUUCGAGGGCCGUUAGCCCUCGGCAGAUUCGCAAAGGCGAGGGACCGGAGCGGACGGACGGCCGAGCGCAGACUCCGCCGCUGGGCCUGACGUGAUUUGACCGCGGGAGAGGUGUGGGCGCAACCCAAAGUGUUCAAAGUGCUUCCGAAAGCUGUGUCGGAUGCGAAUGGUCAGCUGUGUGUGUCUGUGUGUAGCGAGCCCGUCCCUACGGUUGUGGCUCGGCUCUCGAGGUUGUUUGGAUACAGAGCGCGGAAGAUUGCCCGCGGCGACCUCCGGUAAAGCAAUAACAGAAAUCUAUGCAAGUGGCGUUACAGGAUGAUUCUGUCAGCCGGAGCCGCACUCGGACAGGAGCUGCCGAUCACCUUCUGUUCUGGACCCGAGUUUCAAUCAGAUGCUGCUCGCGGCAACUCAAACAGAAACAAAUUCUAUUUAUUUUCCAGCAACCUUCUGGGAAUUUUCUACCGAUGAAGGGACAAGUUUUGUUACAGAUUUUUUUGUAAGAUGCGUUUUGAGAAAUCUCUGACUGUGCAAAGGAGAAUAUCUUCCACGGAACGUCGCAGCCGGCGCUCGCACUGCAAAUACUUCCAGGUUCUCAGAUUUCAACAAAAAUAACCGUCCCCUUAUUCCGUUUUAUCCACUCGCACCGCGUCCCGCUCUCACUGCUCACCCCGCAGUAGACGGACAACCUCUGGGGUCCUUCACACCCGGCUCGGCCUGGCCUGGCCCGGCCCGCCGGCCUGAGGGCACAUUGCACCCGUGUGCGGAAAGUUGCCGCCGAGUUACAGUCAGGCCCGUGACACCGAACCCGUGUCCGUCACCGGCAGCGGUCUCCUGGCCACGGGGGUUCAAAGUGCAGCCUGGAAUGGCUGACUUUAGCCUGCCGUCGCCGGGUCCCGGAGCAAAAGGGCCGAACCCGCAGACUCGGUCACUCCGAUCGAGGAUGAAUCCGAGGGCCGUGCAGAGACAGAGGGAGAGGGAGCGACUCGGAACACGGGGCAAGCUCCUGGCUUUACCAUCCGGAGAGGGGGAGCGGCGGGAGGUGGGGGGGGGGGGGGCUCUCAGUCUGUGAGAGGGGCUCAGGGUGAGGGUUUAGGACUUUGUUAAUGUUGGGUAACCCGAGGUCAGAAAUGUACAACCGCUGAGUUGCCAACAACUCUCUCUCGCUCGCUGCCCUUCCGUUCCCUGUCCCUGCUCCUCCGUGUCGCCCCCACCUCUCCCGCCCCUCCCUGCCCCUCACCCUGUCACUCCCCCUUGCCUCUGCACGUCCGCUCCCACAGCGCGCUGACACGAGUUUGACAGUGACUCUGUCCGGAGCUGUAUGCUUAUUCUCCAUUCCCGAGAGCUGUUCUUUGCGCGUCAGUGGGGAGCGGGAGGCGGAGGGAGAGCGGAUGGCGGUGCCGGGCCACUCCGCUCCCCACCGCCUCCCCCCCCCCCCCCCCCCCCACGACAGGCCGCCCGUGGGACACCGAGAUUUCACUUGGGAAAUACACCUUCUCCUUGGGUGACAUGUCCAUGAUUUCAGCUGAGCGAUGCCCCUUACAGCCCGCGCCGGGACAGCGGCGAGCCUUAGCGCCGCUCCCGACACGGAUGCUGCAGAUUCUCCCGGUGAACCGGCGGCGCUUCGCGUCCACCCCAACCUCUGGUGGCCGCUGUCUCUGAGUUGCUGGGUUGAGGUGUGAGUUGAGCUGUGGCGGGCCGUGGAACCACGGUUCUCUGCUCCUCUGAGACCAAUAUGGACCUUUGAUAUUUACACAAUGACCCUGGCGCACAUCAUCAGCUCCGAGGAGGCAGUCCCCGGCCCCAGCCCCGGCCCCGGCCCCGGCGGGAGGAAUAACCCGGCGGAUCCUUGGUUUGAGAAUCCUCGCGCGAAUCCUGUAACACUCGAUCGCAUUGGGGUUGGUUACCGGGUCACACUGGGAGAUUUCGUUAUAUUGAGGAGCGCGGUCGGCAAGUUUAUCGCUGGGUUUGCACCGAGUUGCUUUCUUUGUUUGAAAUGGGAACGAAAAUCCCGCGGCGACUCUGUCUGAACUGGCCAAAAGUGAAAUAAGCAACUUGUCCGCCUGCAGCUCCGAGUAACGGCGAUGGCAUUCAGACCUCCCUCAACAAGUCCCUGUGCGACAGGCAGUGAGUGCGGCCAAGGAGGGAAGGUCUCCGCGGAACGGGCCCCGCCAACUGAUGGGAGAGAACGGAUGGAAGGGGAACUGGGCGAGGGCGCCGCGCUCUCGGGCACUCUCUCGGCUUGGAGAGACUGUAGACACCGUCUCCUCUCCUGACCCCAUCAAUGUAACAAUGCGGCACAAGCCGUUACCGCGUCGAGGCAGGUUUACACUCGAACUGUAUAUAUUAUUUAAUGUGUAUGAAUAUUACAGGAUUAUGCACUUAAAUAUGUUUACAGCUACAUUUUGCACAGACUAUAUUUAGUUGGAUUGUUUCGUGUUCUGCAUGGUUGUGAUAAUAUGUCCAGCUAUCAUCAUCAAUUCGGACGGCGCUGAUCCCGGCGGCGGUGGGGCCCCAGCCGGGACGAUUUGAACUGCAAAUAAACCUCCAGACCCGGUGCGGUCUGAGGCCGGGGGUGGGGGGUGCAGUGUGUGCUCUGCCCAGCGAUGUGCGAACUGUUGGUGACUUCCCACUGAGCGCGACCCCCGCCUGUCGCAUCUCCACAGAAUGGGGGCUCAAGGAGGUGAUCCGAGCCCUUCCCGCGGUUCAGACGCUCUCCGCUUCGCACCGAGCGCGACCUUUCGUUCCCCGGAUUCUGCAGCCUUUAGGUCGGCAGAUUUUGUACAUUGGUGUUUGAUGUUUAGAUUCCUCGAGCCUCGUCGUCUGGUGUAUCUGCACAUAACAAUGAGCUGUGAGUUCUUUUGUAAACGGUUAGUUACUAACCCGACCCGUUUGAUAUUACGAUGCCCUCUGCUUUCUUGCCUUAAUUCUGAAGAUGUAAAGUUGGAAACUCUGUGCGUUGUGCGUCAUGUUCCCGAUUCUGAAAUUUCUUGCCAUGAAUUCUGAUGAUUUUUAAGAUCAGAGUCGAUCACUGUGCUUCCUACUGACGAAUAAAAUCUGGGAGUGAAUCCUCCACUG